AAAAGACACGAGUCCUAACACGCAAAAGUCUUUGGCGGGAAUGGAAGAGGGUGACAGUGAGGCCAUUUUUGGUGCUCUUAAUCUGAACCCGCAACUCUUCUGUAACGAAGUUCUCAACAUUGUCGACGAUGUGCUCGACGAAGCUUUCAAUUUCUUCUACCAGGACGCAUCCACGAAGCUCAACAUCGAAGGCACCCAAAGGUCCCAGGAUCUGAAAAAGGGUGUUGAUUGCGUUCGGCUGAAUGUUCAAUCUGUUUUGGACAAACAACUUGCUGCUUGGGAGAGUUACAUCCUCCGUCACUGUUUUGCUCUUCCCCAAGGUUUUCGUAUGCCAAACACCGAUGAAUCAAAUGAGAAUGCCCUAGAUCCAGGUGCUCCUUUUGAUCCAGAUAUAGAUGCCCAGUUAGAUUCAUUGAGAGAAAAACUAAUUGAGGUGGGGAAGGAGUCUGAAAUGCUUAAUCAAGAAAUGCAAGCAUUAGAAAGAAAGUCUGCUGUCAAUGUGGCUGGACAUAUCAAUGAAGCUGUACAAUUAUAUGAGCAAAAUUCUAUGCAUGAGGUGUUUCAGGAGAUUGUGACGACCGCCUCAGAACUUGGAGCAAAGAUGGCAAAGCUAAACUCUAGCAUGAUUGAAGAGACUGACCAAACAAAAACUAAAAGGAUUUACAGCACAGAAAUGGAUCUAUCUGCUAUAAAUCCUGCUAAAGGCCUGUCAAACAUGAAGUUAGACGAUGUUGAAGAAUUUGUAAGUGUUAUGAAGAGUAUGUGAACUUGUCUUUUUCAUCAAUCUAGUUGGACUGGACUUUGCCUGUUUCAACCCUUGUUGUACACUCUAGUCUUUUCUUGUGCUGAUUCGUUGGAAUUUGCCCCUAUAGCUGAAAAGAUUGUGGGCAAUUUCAUGAAUCUUAGAAUUACCUACAAAUUUAAUUACGAAACUGAAUGUGUGUGAUUUAUAGUGUAUACUAAAAAUAUUCAGUGGUUACUAAAUGAGUUUAUGAAGCAGAACUUUCUGUUGCUCAUUCUAAA